AUGUUCGAUAGCACACCUGAUGUUUCCAAAAAGGAACAAAUGAGUCAAAUUAUCCGAUAUGUACAUAUUUCUAAUGGAAAAGUUUGUAUAGAAGAAAGUUUUUUAGGAUUUAUUUUAUCACAUGAAAAAACUGGAAAAGGCUUAGCAAGUGAAAUAUUAACUCAGUUUUCUGAUGAUGAUUUAAAUAUACAAAACUGCAGAGGCCAAGCUUACGAUAAUGGAGCAAAUAUGGCAGGGAAAUAUAAUGGUAAUGCUGAAUCAAUAUUUUUGGCUAAAAGCUUACUAUUAUACAUUGACUAUGAAUUUAUUUGCUUGUUAUCUAUUUGGAAUGCUAUUCUUUCAAGCAUUGAUCGCGUUAAUGUUUGUCUACAAUCGAAAUCAUUAACAAUAAAUAAAGCUGCAAAUCUAAUUAAAGGAUUAAUUGAUGAAAUCACCGAUUUGCGAAAUAACAGACUUGAAACAUUAUUUCAAAGUGCUGAAGAAAACUAA